AUGUCGGGUGGUUGCACUCACGAAAGGAACACUAGAGAGAAAACGCCACACCCAUUAGCCCACUGGGACGCCAGGUAUUUGAGUAUUCUGGGGUGGUCUUGGAAGGGAGCCCCAGAGCAACGAAAUAAGUGGGACAUUCGCCAUGUCCUCCCCGAACAUGGACAGGAUUCCUUACGUGUUACCUCUCAAUUGACGCAGCUGCACAUCUUCAACAUAAACACUUAUUCCUCAUGCCUAGAUGCUGGAAUAAACACCCCAUCUACGCUUGAAAACGGGAUCCUACCUGGAAUGGCGCCGUGUCACGUUGCAGAAUUGAAUAAAUUAAUACGUAGGCGAUCGCCCUUUUCGGGUGCCAAAACUUCGUCAGUAUCCAGCUCCGAACCAGCUGCUACCUACCUCUCUGAAUAUCUAGUAUUUCCGAGACCAGAUGAUCGCCGGCCUUCAGCAAGUUUAUUCAAGGCUUUAUCAGGACAGAACUUGCCCAUUGUUUCCCGAGAAAUUCAUCGCGCGCGCCGUUGGCUACUGGUGCUGGCCGACGUCUCACGCAUUUUUACAUUCCUCUCUACUCCAGGAUGUCGAAUGAUUCGGUUUGAGAAUACCUUUGCCGGUAGCAGAUCCCGACUGUCCACGUUGAAACUCGCCAUGCCCAUCUUUGCUCCCAUAUAUCUGAGAAAUCACCCCACUUGCCCCACCUCGCUCCCUUACCUACCCUCAGGACUCCGCCAAAAAAAAAUUGUCCUUCGCACCCUUGAUUAUGCGUCUCUCGUUCCUUCCGGUUUCCCUCGUCCUACCCAACUUCUCUCCCAGCUUUCAAAUGGCACGUUUACUAUCUUUGCGCCUACCGACGCUGCUUUCGCAAAUCUGUCUUCAGACGUGGUCAAUAACGUUACCACUCUCGCGGACAUCAUCUCCUACCACUUCGUAGAAGGACUUUUCCAGAAUGUCUCAUUCGUCAACACCUCCGCUAGCGCGAGCGGAAGCAGCAGCAGCGCAUCGGCUUCUUCUACCUCUUCUUCCUCUGCCACAAGUUCUUCAUCUAGCAGCGCUUCCACCGCGACUGCGACCAAUUCCAGCAUUCCGCAACUCUUUGCUGGGGUGUUUCCCAACGUUACGCUUGGCCUUCAGUUGGAAGGAAAUAAGAGCCAGGUGUUAGCUUGGACGAGGAGCGGUGACAACGGAAACGUUACCAUCUUAAAUCAGGUGGCUAACGAUACCUCCAGCGGAAACGUCACCGUCUCGAACGCUACGGUGUUUGAAAAUCUAUUUAUUAACGCCAUAAAUGCCGUCCUCACCCCACCAGGGAACCUCACUAUUGCAGUCGCCGCCGUCAACGCAACAGCGUUCGGGACGCUCAUAUCUUCAGUGCAAGUAGCAGAGCCGAAUGGCACGAAUGUCUCUGCAAUCGAAUUCUUGCAGGGCGCACAAGGUAUUACCAUCUUCGCGCCAAACAACGCCGCCUUCAGCCAGGCGAUCAACUCCUCGAUUGCGUCUAUCAACGCGUCUACCUUAGCGGACCUUAUUUCAAAUCAUUACAUCAACGGUACCACCCUGUAUUCUCCAAUUAUUCAGGACAUUGCCGCCAACUCCUCCGUGUUCAACUCAACCACGUUCAACGCCACUUCCGCAGGCGGGGAGCCCUUCACCUUCGUCACAAACUCCUCUGGUACUUUCGUCAAUGGAGGGAACGGAACUUCGGCACAAAUCGUGCGGCCAGACGUUCUUCUCGAUAAUGGGGUUCUGCACAUUAUUGACCAAGUCCUUUUCAACGAUGCAACAAAUGCGACAGCCGCUUCUGAGGCAUUUAGCGCGGCGUCGUCACUCGCGGCCAUUAGUACGACCGAAACCUUACCUAUCGGUUUUACCUCCAGCUCUGCGACCUCAACGUCGUCUGCUGUCUCAUCGUCCUCCGCGGCGUCCUCAGCCACCUCUUCUUCAUCCACCGUUUCAAGUUCGACGACCUCCACGUCUGCCUCCGCCACUGCUUCAGCGUUCGUCCUCGCUUCAGGCUCUGAAAAAUUUGGGGCCAGCUUCGGAUUAGCCCUCACUUUUGUUCUAAUUGUCGGAUCGGGAGCUUGGUUGUCGGCGUAA